GGGGACAGGUGGGAGAUGGAGCCGCUCAGGUGUUUCACAAAGCAAACAUCACAGAAGCUGCAGGAGCUCCGCUUCUGUCCUCUGAACCGAACCACAGCUCAGGUGAUGCUGCAGCUUCUGUGACUGGAUCUUUGUGGACUUGGAUGGAAAACUGAGCAACCAGCGGAUCUGGACCUGCAGAGAAGGUUGCCGGUAGCUACAGUGGUUCCGGUGGAGAUGGGUUGUUUGGGAGGAAAGACGGAUGAAGAACGACUGGAUGAAAAAGCCAAAAGAGAAGCAAACAAGAAGAUCGAGAAACAGCUGCAGAAAGAAAGACAAGCUUAUAAAGCUACCCACCGACUGCUGCUGCUGGGUGCAGGAGAAUCAGGUAAGAGCACCAUCGUUAAGCAGAUGAAGAUUCUUCAUGUUGACGGUUUCAACGCUGAAGAGAAGCAGCAGAAGAUUCAGGACAUCAGGAGGAACGUGAAGGAUGCCAUUGUGACCAUUGUCUCAGCCAUGGGGGCCCUGACUCCUCCCGUCUCUCUGGGUAACCCAAGCAACCAGUCCAGAGUGGACUACAUCAAGAGCAUCGCUCCGCUUUUGGACUUUGAAUACACUGAGGACUUCUUUGAGCAUACUCAGAAGCUGUGGGAAGACGACGGCGUUAAGGCCUGCUUCGAACGCUCCAAUGAGUACCAGCUGAUCGACUGCGCUCAGUACUUCCUGGACCGACUGGACUCUGUCAGGAGGACCGACUACACGCCCACUGACCAGGAUUUGCUGCGCUGCAGAGUGCUGACUUCAGGGAUUUUUGAAACCAGGUUCCAGGUGGACAAAGUCAACUUCCAUAUGUUUGAUGUAGGGGGUCAGAGGGAUGAGCGCAGGAAGUGGAUCCAGUGCUUCAACGAUGUGACGGCCAUCAUCUUUGUCGCAGCCAGCAGCAGCUACAAUAUGGUCAUCAGAGAGGACAACUCCACCAACCGCCUCAGAGAGUCCCUGGACCUGUUCAGAUCCAUCUGGACCAACAGGUUCCUGAAGACCAUCUCCGUCAUUCUGUUCCUGAACAAACAAGACGUGCUGGCAGACAAGAUUCUAGCAGGGAAAUCCAAACUUGAAGAUUAUUUCCCAGAGUACACAAACUACCAAGUUCCUCCUGAAUCUGUUCCAGAUGCAAAUGAAGACCCCAAAGUGACCCGAGCAAAGUUCUUCAUCAGAGAUGAGUUCCUGAGGAUCAGCACAGCCAGCGGCGACGGGAAGCAUUACUGCUACCCUCACUUCACCUGCGCCAUCGACACCGAGAACAUCCGCCGCGUCUUCAACGAUUGUCGUGACAUCAUCCAGCGCAUGCACCUGCGGCAGUAUGAGCUGCUCUGAAUGGCUGUCGGGGCUCUCCAUUGGCUCCGCCCCUUCCUGUUAGUAAAUCAAAGCAGAGAUGUGUUUAUAGUAGAAAGCAGCAGUUUGUGUUUAGUAGUGAUUAGGGUUUGAACAGAAGGUGGUUUAGUGUGCAGACGUGAAACUAUUUAUAGAAACAAUUAAGCUUUCCGUAAAAGUAAAAAAUAAAUA